UUUUCUUUCGUCUUGUGUAUGGUUGUAAGGAAAUUCGUAUACCACAAAUUUAAAAAAAUAUACCACAAAUUUAAAAAAAGCAUGUUGAUUAUUAAAUAUAUGAUUAAGUCCAACGUAAUUUUUAAAAUUAAUUUGCAUGAUUUCCAAAAAGUAGUAAUGUAAUAUAAACACGGGGUAAUUCAUUGCUACUUUCCUUCCAAAUAUAUAUUGUCAUGUUUAAAUUCUUGAGAAUUAAUUUUAGUAAUAUUUAAAAUUAAAUUCAAAUUUGGUAAUUAACAAGAAGAUUAGUAGUCAAAUUUGGUAAUUAACAAAAAGUUAGAGGAUUAGACUUACUUAACACUUGUAUAAUACCUCCAACUAUCCGAAUACUAGAUGGAUUAGGCUUAAUUAACAUAAUAUUAGAUAGAUUAGGCUUAAUCAACAUACUAUAUAAACUCCACAAUAUUCAAUUAAAUUCUAUUACACAUACCAAAAAAAAACAAAAACAAAAAAAACCCUAAGUACAAAUCAAAUGGCAUUAUCAAAAUCUAAGCAUAGUUUAGGUUUUCGAUUUCAUCCUAACGAUAAAGAGUUGAUUAACCAUCUAAAAAGAUACAUGUUCGAUGGAAUUCUUCCACGUCCCAAUGUUAUCAAACAAAAGGACGUAUUUGGAGACUUAGAGCCAUGGCAAAUUAUCGAUGGAGAAAAAACAUGUUAUUUUAUUACGCGAUUAAAGAAAUUCAAGAAUUCGAACAAGAAAUUCUCAAGGACAGUUGGGAGUGGGACUUGGAGUGGCAAAGCAUGUGCUGUUCCAAUUAGUGAUAAAUCAAAUAAAAAUAUUAUAAUUGGAUAUAAGAGAAGUUUGAGGUAUAAAAGUGAUAUUGAAAAAAAUCAAAGUAAAAAAUGGCUUUUGAAGGAAUAUAUUUUGCCAUAUGAGUAUAUUAAGAAAAGUAACAACAAGGAUAUUUUCGUCAUUUGCAAAAUUAAAGAGAAGAAAAAAGGAGAAGACGGAAAUAAUAAUGAUGACGAUGAUGACAAUGAUGUUGAGGAUAAAGAUGUUGAUGGAUUAGUGAAUUAUCUAUUUGAAGGUAAUUAUGAUCAAGUAAUUAGCAAUGAUAAUGACAAUCAAUUAGAGGGUAAUUAUGAAGCAAGUACAAGUACAUUGAACAAUAAUGGAGAAUUAGGUAUUUAAUGGAAAUAAUCCAUAUGAGAAUUCAAGUAUUGAGGCUGUAUUGGAUAUAUUUGAAUUUUAAUGUUUAUUAGCAUGCAAUUUUUUUUUUUGGUUACAUUAGGUUAUAAACUUAUAUAUAGCUUGAAUAUGACUAAUUUUCUUUUAGAAAAAUAUGAAUUUGUGGUAGAGGACAUAUUGUUGCAUGAGUAGUUUUCUUUAAAUAUUAAUACAAUUUCUUCUUUUAUUAUAUAUCUUGAUCAUCCUUAUUUUGGUAUAAUAUUUACCACGUGAAGUUAAACGCUAUAAACAAUACGCUAAGAAUUAAAAAAAAAACAAACCCUAAAUCAAUAAUAUUUUUGUGCACGUCUACAAAUAUUUAAGGCCUUUUAUUAUAAUUUAAUAUAAAAUUACUAAUUUUAUUAAGACGUUCCUGACACAUAUCUAUAAUUUCCUUUUUUUUAUUUUAAAAAAAAACACAAUUCUUCAGUUUUUCAAGAGCAAACAAGUCAACAAAUUCUUGUCUACCUCAACAAUACACUUGAACUAAUAAAAGUUUCAAUAAUUAUUGAUGAGCCUAAUUUAAAAA